UUAAACCGGUUUAACCUCAAAUUACUUCCUCUACGGUGGAUGCUCGGGUCGGUUAUGAUAACAUUGGAUGCAUCUGUACCUUUUGCCGUUUUGGGUCCAGCAGUCUGUAAAAUUCUAAUACGCACGAAGGCGGAGCAAGUAAAGACGUCGUUUGGAAACUUCUUUUGUUUUUUGUUUUUCCUUUUCUUAUUUUAUAGAUAAACGCCGACUAGACGCUGGCGCGCAAAACCGUCGCCUUUCCACAUCCACUCUUGUGUUGGGAUCUUCCCUUACUUAGUUAGGUUAUUGUUGAAGAAGAAUGUUAAUUCGGCUUAGCAAGCCAUCCUCGGAGAGUGGUGGCGGAGGUGCGGCGAAACCCUUGCCAGUUGAUACAGUGACUGUUGCAUGUCCUGACCACCUUGUCCUUGCUGAUCUUCCAGUUGCAAAAGGCAUUGGUGCAGCCACUGCUGCUACUCUUGUCAAGACCGCUGGUCGCAGGUCCAGACGUCAGCUUGGCGAACGAGUCCAUUUUUGUGUUCGUUGUGAUUUCCCUAUUGCUAUCUAUGGACGCCUGAGCCCCUGCGAGCAUGCUUUCUGUCUUGAUUGUGCUAGGAGCGAUUCAAUCUGCUAUCUUUGUGAUGAGCGUAUCCAGAAAAUUCAGACAAUCAAAAUUAUGGAGGGGAUCUUCAUCUGUGCAGCCCCUCACUGUCUUAAAUCUUUCUUGAAGAGGACGGACUUUGAAUCCCAUAUUCAGGAGAGCCAUGCAGACCUUCUGCAGCCGAAUGCAGAGAAAGAGAAUGGUAAUGACACAGAGGUUCAAAGUGCUAAACAAUAUUCUGUCUCAGAUUCUACUGCUCGAGCUCCGACAAGACCACUCAUUUCGCCUGGUUCAAAUUCUCUAGAUUCUGAAGACAAAGCUCGUAGGCAGCAGUCUAGAGAGCAACCACUUGCUAGGCCAAUGAUGCAACCAAGACCUCCCUUUUUCGGUCAAGGUCAAAAUUAUCCAUCAGAUCCCCAACCCGACAAUAGUCGUCCCCCUGGAUUUGACCGGCCUGGCAUCCAGAAUCAUUUCCAACAAAGCAUGCAGGGAGGCCCACCACAGGAACAGCAGCAAGGAAUUUUAUCAGAGACUCCAAUGCCUGAAUACCCAGCAAUGCAUCCCAUUCAACCACCUAAUUUUGUUAUACCAAUAAAUUCAAAUCCACUGAUGACACCUCAAUACGGUCUUCCUCCUUUCCAACCUGAGGGAGCUCAGCCAUUUUACGGUGCUCCCUAUGAGAUGGGGCAGAUGGCUAGGCCAGAUGCAACAUCAGAAAUUGGAGCAGAACAAGGAUCUUUGCUGGGUUUCCCACCAGGUCCAGCAGGUGUGAAUUUCAUGUCAAAUUAUUCUCAGCCCUGGAAUAUGGGACCUGCAGCAGGAGGUCAGGGAAUGCCAGAUGGCUUUCCAAACCUGUCAGAUUCUCGUGGAAAUGCUGCAUUUUACCAAGGUGAGUACGGGCGGAAUCCAGGAGUUCUACCAAUGAUGCCUCCUCCCCCACCCUCCGCUAACAAGGGGAUGGAAGCUGUGCAGGGUGGUAAUGCCAUGGAUGCUAGAGACAGCAAAGGCAUAUUGGCACCACAGCCAUUUCCACAUCCGCCACCACCUCCCCCCCCCUUGCCUCACUCAUCACAGCCUAAACGAGGUAAGUAUUAUUCCGGUGAUAUGGGGCAUGAUGGACAGAGUUUCGGAUGGCAGCAUGAAAAUCGUGAUGGCUUUGGAAGUGGCCAGGAGUAGAGAAACUUUUGCUUCUUGCGGCUAUACUAUAAUUUUUUGUACCAGAAUUUUUAUUCAUUUAUGCUGCUUUCUCUUC